GAAAUCGAAGAAUUUGAUGAUAACAUCCAAGCCAAUGCAAAUAGAAUUGGAUCCAAUAAUGCAAAAACAGCUCAACAGGAAGAAGGUCAAAAAAUAAAUAAUUUUUUUCAAGUUUCAAAAAAAAAUCAAAAUGUCUUUAAAAACCCAUUAGAUCAUGAGCAUGUUGAUAACAAUCAGCAAGAAAAAAGUGUUAAUUGUGAUCAUGAAAUUAAUGAGGAAACGGAAGAAUUCGUGUCCAGUGACCAGCCAUCAAUCAAUGAUAUAUCUAAUAUGCUUGAGCAAGUAACUCUAACAAAAAAUGCUGAUGAUGACUGU